UAUAUAAUAUAACAUCUUAAUCUUAAUCAAAAACAUCUUCAAGCUCAAGGCAACACCUGUUAUAGGAAUAAAUCCAGUGCCCUCAAUUCCGUAACUUUAAAUUCCCAUUGACGUAUACUGUAAAUCCUUGAAGUAUAGCCAAAUACUCUAUAUAAUUAUAUUACAAAGAGUUAAAGAGUGACUGUGUUUAAUCGACAAACAUUCAUAAGCUCAAACUUCAACAAAGCAACACUUGCUCAUAAUAGGAAAAAAAUACAACUAACUGCUGCAAAUAUUUUAAUUGUUUUGCAGGGAAACACAACACAGAUAAUGCCGAAAAAAACUUCAAAACACCGUUUAGCAUCAAAGACUGCGGAUUCCAGUUCAGGUGUUACAGGAGCUAGGCUCGCGGCGGCCGCCGAAGCAGUAAAAAUGAGAAUAGCCGGAGAGAGCAGUUACCAAACGGCUAUUCAAAGCCCACAAACGAUUGAUAGUGACAGGGAGGCAACUAUGUCAAUUGGAGAGGUCAGUGGUCAAACGGCUAGUCAGAGCCUGCAAAGGAUGGAUAGUGGCAGGGAGAAAACUUCAAAGGUCAUGAGUAUAUCUCUAGUAGAGGAUCCCUUUGGAGAUGCGGGAGAUGGCUCAGUUUUUAAAAUGCGGCAUAAUAGAGUCCAAAUGGAGGCUGAACAGAGAACUGGCAAUUCUAGGAGCAAGCAUAAGCCUGUUUGGUAUUUAUUUCAAUGAAAAUUACAACAACUGCAUCAAAUGGGGUGCGAGGUUCGUCAUAGUCAGUGUCAUUAGGAACAUUUGUGGCGCUUUCAUGAAUGGAAUUGCAGGAACAAUUGUUAGUGGUGUAAACUUAGAUAGAUGUAUGUACUCACCAGUUGCACGCGAUGUGACGUGCGAUGUAGUAGGCCGAAUCUGUGCAACCUAUGUACAAGCUAACACAUGCUACUGUUGCUAUCGCCUGCAAGAUUAUCAGUUUGACUGUCAAUUUGUCAAUUAUGGUCUACAUGUUGUUAAUCACAUACAUGGCGUGGGUUCGUGUGAUGAUGUUGUCAAGUAUAUCUGGUUGUUAUGGACAUCUUUUGGAUUUUGUUUCCUGAAUGUUAUACUUGGUGUAUUUACUCAAAAUCGACUCAGGCUGUUUUAUAAAACUGUUCGGAGUCAACAUGACAUGACAAUUGUACUGCCAAAAAAUUCGAAUAUUUAUGUAUCGCCACCUCUGCAAAAUUCAAUGUUUUUACAACAAGCAACAGAUCCUAGCCAAGGGCAACAAGAGCUCAAUCUUGAUACACAAAAGGCCUCUCCAGCAACCUCAGAAGCCAACCCCUCUAGAGUAGUGCACGAAAGCACCGCCACUACAGUAUAGUUAUAAGAUCAUCGAUUUUUUUUCUUUCUGCUUCCAACACAGCCUCUAGAACUGUUGAGCAUCGACCUUUUUCGUUUUUCAUCAUUAUCAUCAUCGUCAUCAUCAUCAUCGUCAUCAUCAUCAUCAUCAUCAUCAUCAUCAUCAUCCUAUAAUGUGCACGUCGCAUGCCACUUAUGUCGUUGCGGUAUACUUUUUACUACCUAUCUCACAUUAUUACCAUUACCCUUAUAUUUGUUUUUUAUUAACAUUGCCCAAAACUAAUUUCCCGUGUUUCACACAGCAAAAUAUGCCGUUUAGCCAUACAUUUAAAAUGGCAUUUUAAAAAUGUCAUUACAAUUUUUACAGUUAAAAUUCAACAACGUGUUGCACUGUGCACUAUUUAGAAGUUUUAAAAGUAUCCCCGCUACUCCAAAGUGUGUUAAGUUGUUGCAUGUACUAUAUAAUAAUCUUUAUUUGAACUUCACUUUUAAAACAGUGGCACACGAUGACGGUGCGUUCACAAGAGUAUAACAUACAACAUAUAAUUAAAAAUAUAAUAAUAAACGUCGAACAAAUAAAUUCAAAUACUGUACAGAAUUAAAACACAGCGUAAAAAACGACUAAAGAUAACUUUAAAAUGUUUACCAUAUUACAAUAGAAUAGGCUGAAAAAGAUUAAAAAUGUACUUAAUAAAGGUAUUUCCAUAGAUAUAAAACGGCAUGUUUAAAAUUUUUAAAGAAUUGAAAUUCAUCUGCUGACAAAUUUAAAAAGUUUAACAUUUCAGUCCAACAAUGUUUAAAAAAAUUUUUUUUUUUUAAAUAACUACCGGUACUUAACACAGAGGUAAAAGUCGUUGUUUACACAAUAUACAUAUAUAUAUACACAUAUACAUACAUACAUAUACCUACAACUAUAUACAUACAUAUAUAUAUAUAUA